CAACAUUCCAACAACAAAACAAGAAUCAUUUCUGAUUUCAAUUAUCCCAGAGGCUUUGUUUCCUUGCCAGAGGAAAAUUGUAUGGAAUUGCAAGGAACGAGAUCUUGUAUUAUGUGCGAAAUUAUGAUUAUCUCGUUAAUAUAUGUUAAUUAUGUAAUUUAUGUAAGCAACGUGCUUUUGACGUUUUGACAAGGGCAAUAUCGAUGUAAAUUCGUUGAGAAGCAUUAUAGUGAUUACACAUCAGAAAUAGAGAACAAAAACCUUGUGAUUUGUUGUGAAAACAUUCUAUCAAAGAAUUUCCAACACGUGGCACCCCCGAUGGGACAGUAGCGAACCUAAAGCAGCGAUUUUGGAGGCGAAACUUAACUAAACAACACAUUAACGAUCUAGUGACAUUUGCGACGACAAUGGAGGAAAACGAAAGCGGUCCUGAAGCAGAGCUUGGAACUAAAAUUAUUCAACUACAAAGAGCGAUUGAGAAGAGCGAUCAAGUUCUUAAAACAGAAAAGAAACGGGUAAUCCUAAGACAUAUCGAAUGUUUAAAGGAAACAAUAUCUAAAGUCAACAAAUUGCGGAUAUCAGUCGAAGCGACAAAAAUUGCGGCGAAAAUUAAAAGCGAGGAAAUCGACAAUUGGAAUCAAGACAUCGAGAGCAAGUUGGAAGAAGCGGACAGUAGGACAGAUUUAUUGGAGGAAUGGUUACACUAUCAAGACGCAGAGGUGGAGAAAAGGCAACUUGAGAGCAAGGCCAUACAGGAGGAUAUCGAACGUGAGAAACGGCUGAAAUUUGAACUGAAAUUACACGAAGCGAAAGUAAAAUUACAGAAUGAGAUCAAGUCUCCGGAAGUGAGCGCGUCGACAGGGACCGGAAGUGAAUCCAAAGUGCAAGCUAAGUUACCUAAACUUCACAUCACCAAAUUUAAUGGGACUUACGCAGAUUGGCCUCGAUUUUGGAGCUUGUUUUCUGAAACUAUCCACAAAACAAGUGUUUCUCCUGUAAAUAAAUUCGCAUAUCUACGAGAGUUAUUGUGUGAAAAGGCAUCAAAGGCAAUCGAAGCUCUACCGCACACGUCGGAGGGAUAUAACCGAGCGAUUGUUAUUCUUAAAGACCGGUUUGGAAAGGAAAGCGAAAUUGUGAAGACCUUCGUGAAAGAGAUAUUGGACCUACCUCAUCUUGCGACAGCUAAUGCUAAGAAAAUUCAUGAAUUCUACGAGAAACUGGUUUACUGUGUACAAUCGCUAGAAACAUUGAAUCGUCUUGAUGUUAUUAAUGGCACAGUACCUAUGGUAUUGGAUAAAUUACCAGCCAUUAGAGGGGAUCUAGUACGAAAUGACUCGAGCUGGGAACAGUGGAACUUUGUACAGUUCACCGAAGCCCUACGACAGUGGACAAGACGCAAUCCGGUCAUGGAGGAUGAUCCACUUCGGAAAACAGAUGAUCAACAUCGAAAGCGAAGACCCAAUUUCCAGACCCAGCAGGGUAAAGGGGAACAGUUGAGCGGGAAGAAAAGAUCUUGUGUCUACUGUGACAAAUGUGACCAUCGAUCUUCGGAAUGCGAGUCAGUUAACACGGCAGAUGAAAGGAAGUCCAUGUUGGCAAGGAAGAAGUUGUGCUUUAACUGCACGGGGCCAGCACACAGAGCUUCAGAAUGCAGGAGUACAACUACAUGUAAGAACUGUGGUAAACGUCAUCACACAUCGAUUUGUAGUGAGAUCAAACCAGCAAAGCCAGCGCUUUCUGCACAUAGAGAUGUAGAUCAACAAGUGAUCUACCCAACAGUACUAGUGGAAAUUGAUGGGAUCCAGACGCACGCCCUUCUUGAUACGGGAGCUGGCAGUUCAUAUGCUUCAGCAACAUUGAUUGAAACACUCCAUAAGAAACCUAAGCGAGUUGAGUUGAGAAGAGUGGACAUGAUGUUAACAUCCAAAACAACAAAGGUGGAAAUCUACUCAGCAAAGCUCACCUCAGUUGAUGGUAAGUUCACUACAGAGAUUGAACUGUCGAAGGUAAACAAGUCCCAGCUGAUGAUGAUAACAAACCCUGAAUUCAAAAGUCUUUGUCAGAAGUAUGACCACCUUAAGGAAGUUGAAGUUAACGAAGAUCCGAAGAACAGAGAUCAGAUCCCAGUACAUGUAGUUCUUGGUGCAAGCGAGUACGCUACCAUCAAAACACGUUCAGCACAGAAGGUUGGACAACCUGGGCAACCUGUUGCAGAAAGGACCCUUCUUGGGUGGACACUCAUGUCGUCAGGGAAAGAAGACAAAGAUAGUCCAGUGUUAUUUGCGCAAUCAACCUCAAACGACUAUGAACAGCUGUGUUCCCUCGAUGUACUCGGACUCGCAGACAAACAUGAAAAUGACCAGGAAGCCGUCUAUCAAGAAUUCAAAGAACAGCUAGAGAGAGAUGAAGCUGGAUGGUAUCAAACAAGCUUACCCUGGAAAGGGAACCAUCCAAGUUUACCAACAAAUGUGACAGGGAGCAAUAAACGGUUGGAACAUCUAGUACGGAAGCUAAAGAAGAACGAGCUAUAUGAAGAUUACAAUAACAUCAUCCAAGAGCAGCUGCAAAAGGGUAUUGUUGAGCCGGCGCCCGAAAUAGCGAGUGGAAACGAGUUUUACAUCCCGCACAAGGCUGUAGUGAAAAAGGAGGCAGAAAGUACUAAGCUUCGUGUCGUGUACGAUGCUUCAGCGAGAGAAAAUGAAAGUGCCCCCUCACUGAAUGAUUGUCUGCACCCGGGACCAGCCCUUCAAAAUCAACUUUGGGACAUUCUAGUUAAGUCGAGAUUCCACCCAAUUCUUCUUACUGGUGAUCUCGUGAAGGCAUUCUUACAGAUACGAAUUAAACAGGAAGAGAGGGACUCUUUACGCUUUCAUUGGAGAGAACCGAACAGCGAUGUUAUCAGGAUCUAUCGGUUUACAAGAGCUCUAUUCGGGCUUACGUCGUCCCCAUUUCUUCUAGCCGGCGUCCUUGACCAACACCUUAAUUCCUGGAAAGCGCGAUAUCCUAAGCUUGUGGAAGAAGUGCAACAUGGACUCUACGUUGAUGAUCUAAUAGCUGGUGGAGUCACAGUUGAAGAAGUUCUGGAGAAGAAGACCAAGACAACUGAAGUGUUCGAGAAUGCAACGUUUUCUAUUCACAAAUGGCACUCCAAUGCAAAGGAGCUCGAAGCAUCUGAGCAAGUACCAUCUGAAUCUGAAGAAAUGACCUAUGCAAAACAGCAGCUUGGCAGUGGAGGGAAGCUAUUGGGACUGCCGUGGGAUAGAGAAAGAGACACUUUCAGCAUUGAAUUUAGAGUAGCGGAAGAUUGUAGAACGAAGAGAGAUGUGCUUUCCCAGAUUGCAAAGCUGUAUGACCCGUUGGGCCUUGUAUCCCCGACUAUGCUGGUUUCCAAACUGCUCUUCCGUGACAUUUGUGAUGCCAAAGUAACCUGGGAUGCAGAACUGCCUGGGCCUUUGCUGAAACGGUGGAAAGAUUGGAGAAACUCCUUGCCAAGAGAGUAUACAGUCCCUAGAUCACUCACUCCACAUCGCAUUCCUGUAGCGGAAAUCGAACUACACAGUUUCGGAGAUGCAAGCUCGCAGGGAGUGUGCGCGGUGGUUUAUGCUGUCACCCGUCAGAUGGAUGAAACGACGCAAGGACUUGUUUGUUCGAAGUCACGCAUCGCGAAGCGAAAUCUGACCAUACCACGAUUAGAGUUGAUUGCCGGUCACAUGGCUGUGAAUAUUGCGUCAAAUGUUGAAGCGGCUCUCAGCAACUACCAGGUGAAGAUCCACUGCUGGCUUGAUUCAACUGUAGCGCUUUAUUGGAUACAAGGGAAGGGCGAUUAUCGUCAGUUUGUAGCCAACCGGGUACGAAAAAUUCAGCAACACGAUCAAGUAACCUGGCAUUAUGUGCCUACGUCACAGAAUCCAGCCGAUUUGGGAAGCCGAGGCGGGACCGUGGAAGAUAACGCGAUGUGGAAAGAUGGUCCUCCCUGGCUCCACAACCAUGGUGAGUGGCCUGCGGACGUCACCUUAGAAGCAACAGCAGAGACAAGAGCAGAAGCGAAAGUGAAGCAGGAAAUCCUGACUGUGGUGCACACUGAGGAAGAUGAGUUUGAUCAGUUACUGGACAAAUUCAGCCUGUUCAAAGUUCUCCGCAUCGGGGCCUGGGUGCGACGCUUUGUUGAUAACUGUAGAGUAAAUGUCAACGAGAGAAGGAGUGAUGCGUUGCAGACAGAAGAGAUCGAUGGAGUAAGACUAUGGUGGAUAAAACGAGCUCAGCUUUCAGCGCGUCGAGAUGUCCGUUUCGAAGCCGAUCAACUCCACCUCAAUAUCCAGUUGAACGGUCAAGAGGUCUUAGAAUGUCGCGGACGCAUGAGUGGGAAGCACCCGAUCUACCUGCCCGACAAUCACUCAUUCACAACGUCUUUAGUCCAGCGAGCUCACGUUACGACAUUGCAUGGCGGGGUUGGGAUGACGAUGGCCGAGAUACGAGAACGUUAUUGGAUACCUAGACUUCGUCGACUGGUAAAAAAGAUAAGAUCUAAAUGUCAUGGUUGCAGAAGGUUUCAAGCAAAAGCAUUUGAGGCACCACCACCUGGGAAACUACCGAGCACAAGAACCGAAGGAUCAACACCUUUUCAAGUACUGGGCGUAGACUUCGCCGGGCCGAUUAAGUAUCGCGUCAAAACCAAUAAGGAGAAGAAAGCUUAUCUCGCCCUAUUCGCGUGUAGUUUGACGAGAGCCGUGCAUAUGGAACUAGUUAGAUCACUGGAGACGGGGGAAUUCAUCAGAUGUUUUAAGAAGUUUGUAGCAAGAAGAGGGAGGCCAGAAUUGGUAUAUUCUGACAACGGGACCACGUUCAAGGCUGCAGCAAAGUGGUUGGAGACUGUAAGAAGAGAUGAAAAGUUUAAUAGUUAUUUGGCGAAGCUAGAGAUCAAGUGGCGGUUUAAUCUAAGCCGGGCCCCCUGGUGGGGGGGACAGUUCGAACGACUCAUAGGCUUAUUUAAGAGGGCCUUCCACAAGUCCAUUGGGAACGGAACAUUGGAAUGGUCGGAGCUGGAGGACGUAGUUUUGGAUAUCGAGGUAACUUUGAACAACCGUCCACUUGGGUACGUGGAUGAAGAUAUUCAGCAGCCAGUUCUGACGCCGAACUCUAUGCUCCAGAUUAAUCCGAACAGUCUACCUGAGUUGGAAGCACAUCGUAUAGAAGAUGCGAACCUAAAGAGACGCGCCAAAUUCCUGAAGAGAUGCAAACAAACCAUGUGGAAUAGGUGGAGCAGAGAAUACAUUAGAAGCCUUCGUGGACAACAUCGUCAAACUGGACAGAAGUGUUCGGACCAUCCGAAGGUGGGAGAUAUCGUCAUAGUUCAAGAGGAGAAUCAACCGAGAAAUCGUUGGAAACUAGCUAUGGUAACCCGCCUCAUAUCGGGGAGAGAUAACGUUACACGGGGAGCGGUGUUGAAGACUGGAAAAGGAACGCUUGAACGGCCUAUCCAACAUCUAUACCCAUUGGAGUUGUCUUGUGAUCGCGAGGAGACCCAACCACUUAACCCAAACGCUCCUGAAUACCACCCGAGACCAAGGAGGGCAGCGGCCGUGGAAGCAAAUAAACGAAUUCAAGAAAUUGCAAAUGAUGAAGAUUGAGAGAGUCUUGUGAACUUUGUUAUCAAUAUUAUCAAACAUUAAAGUAUAGAACGUUUUGUUUACAGUCGAAUUAAGGAACAUUCGAACUGGAGAUGUAACAUGUAUAUCUUCGAGAAGAAUAUACAUGGGGGAGUGUGUGCGAAAUUAUGAUUAUCUCGUUAAUAUAUGUUAAUUAUGUAAUUUAUGUAAGCAACGUGCUUUUGACGUUUUGACAAGGGCAAUAUCGAUGUAAAUUCGUUGAGAAGCAUUAUAGUGAUUACACAUCAGAAAUAGAGAACAAAAACCUUGUGAUUUGUUGUGAAAACAUUCUAUCAAAGAAUUUCCAACAAUUAAGAUCAGU